UCGUCAAAACAGUCGUCAUUAUGUCAACAUAUAUAUUUUGAUUAUAUUUAUAAAAUUGAAAUAGCAACUCAACCAAAUAACCAUGACACACCGGAGAAUCAAACGGAUGUGAUAAUCAUAAAACUUGAAUACUUCUCCGGUGCCCCACUAUGUGCUCUCUCGUUAAUUUCUUCAAAUGCCUCACUGGGAACUCGAGGAUCACCAGCUUCGGUUUCUUAAGGAACCCACUGAUAAGAGAUUUUGCUGAUACACCAAGACCAGAUACCACCACCAAACAGAUAGUUGUACAGGGCACCGAGAAUGAAGAACGGCUUCGCGUGCGUCGUGCACGCGCAUCAGACCUACCGCGCGUGCUGCGGUUUGUGAAAGAGCACGCACGUGUCACAUGGCCAGGUCUGGUCGCGCCGCCUAGUGCUCCCCACCUCAUGCUCUGCGACUACGUUGCUAGAACUCUGUCACAAGGCCACUCCAUGGUAGCUGAACAACAAGAGGCUCGCCGGAGCUGGUCGAUGAUCCGUGGACUGGCAUUGGGUACCGCAGUAUGCCCGUGGGACGCCGCAGUGAUUGAACAGUGGGCGCGGUGCAUACAAUGCUCGCGCUCCCGUCGCCUCAUGCAUUUCACGGCGCACUGUCUGCGAGCACCAGCCCUGCACGAUAAAUACAGCGUGCAUAACAUUCUACAGGUGGUCCUGGUCGUUCCACCAGAUAGUCCCAAGAGUGCCGAGAUCGUUCAUGUUCUUGCGCAGAACGCUAUACAAAGAGGCAAAGAUAUGGGCAUCCCCCUCAUACGGUUUGAUGUGACUGCCAAUGAUGUAGCGAAUUCAUUAGAAGAAUUGCAACUGAAAAAAGAAUGGCAACUAUUGUACGAAGCAUUUCCAGAGUCGGUCAACGAAAUAAAAGAGAAGAAAGUCGAUACCUGUACUUCUGAAACUAAUAAAGACCAAGCAACUGCUUCUACGGACAAUAAACAAGCACUGACUGAGGAAAACGAAAGCAAACUGAAAAAGACUCCAUUACAAUCCAUUACGGUCUACACUGCCUUCACGCAAGUUGAUAAGAGUUGACAUUCUAAAAUUUUAUGUACUAAAUCAAGGGCUCAAUUAUUACCUGUAAUAAAUGGCUUAGUGACGGAAUUAAUGGCAACAUUAAUUUCAGAGUGAAUUCAUUAGAAGAAUUGCAACUAAAAAAGGAAUAGCAACUAUCAUAAGAAACAUUUCCAGAGUCAGUCAACGAAAUAAAAGAGAUGGUCGAUACCUGUACUUCUGCAACUAAUAAAGACAAAGCAACUGUUUCUACGGUAAAUAAACAAGCACACAUUGAGGAAAACGAAAGCAAACUGAAAAAGACUCCAUCACAAUGCAUUACGGUCUACACUGCUUUCACGCAAGUUGAUAAGAGCUGACAUUCUAACAUUGUAUGUACUAACUCAAGGGCUCAAUUAUUACCUGUAAUAAAUGGCUUAGUGACGGAAUUAAUGGCAACGUUAAUUUCAGAGUGAAUUCAUUAGAAGAAUUGCAACUAAAAAAGGAAUAGCAACUAUCAUAAGAAACAUUUCCAGAGUCAGUCAACGAAAUAAAAGAGAUGGUCGAUACCUGUACUUCUGCAACUAAUAAAGACAAAGCAACUGCUUCUACGGUAAAUAAACAAGCACACAUUGAGGAAAACGAAAGCAAACUGAAAAAGACUCCAUCACAAUGCAUUACGGUCUACACUGCUUUCACGCAAGUUGAUAAGAGCUGACAUUCUAACAUUGUAUGUACUA